AUGCUUUCAACUGAGAAUUUUCCAACAUUCACAAUUUUUUCGGCGAACUCGGUAAUUGAGUUCGGGCACUGGGCCAGGAAAUUCAAGGACAUAAUCGAAUGCAAUGGUAAAUGGAGUGAAAUUGAUAAAAUUGCCCGCCUCAAAGUUUGCCUAGAAGGGAAGGCAAGAAAAAUAUUUGACAAAAUACCUCAAGCUGAAAAAGCAACUCUCGAGGGAGCCAUUAACAAAAUCAAAGAAAAUUUAGAUACAACACAAAAUCGUGAACUAAUCUUCAAGGCUUUAAGCAUAUGCAAACAGAAUGAAGGAGAAUCAGUGGAGCAAUUUGCUUCCAGAUUAAUUCCUAUGAUAGAAGCAACUUCUUGUGACAACAAAGGAAAUGUCUCAGAAGAAACGCUUUGCAGAACUUUCCUUGAAAAGCUUAGUCCAAAUCUUCAAUUCCUCACAAGAACACUGACUGGGCCUAACAGGAAGAAUUUCGACACAUUACUUUUAAAUGCUCAAGAGGCAGAGCUAAUGCUAUGUGCCAACCCAAAAGCUACGUUCAAUCCUAUAUGCCAGAUAACCGAACAAGGCACAUCACGCAAAAUAUUAACAUAUGAAGAAUUGAAUGAAGAUCUCAACACUAAAGCCCCGUGGGGUUCACACAAUAACUCAACUUAUAACUACAGCCGAUGGGACAGGGACAACCAAUCAAUAUGCAACUAUUGUGACAAGUCUGGAAGAAGUCGUUGA